AUGGAUCGUACAGACCACCCUCACUCGAAUCCUCGGUUGAGAAUUGAAUAUGGGUCCAAGGCUGGCCUGGCGGCUUUUUACACGAGCAGAAACGACCUCAUUUUCGCAGAUAUAUGCAGCGUGAAUUCUGCAAUGGGGAAGAGAGUUUGGGAUACGAAUACUGCAAUUUCUUUGCUUGAUGCCUGGAUGCUGCAUCCCAACACAAGAGGAACAAAAUUUGGUCUUUGCAAUGCAGUGGCAGCUCAGCGCCGGCUGAAGAAGAAACCCCAGGACUUUGGACCUUUAAAGAUCCCGAAAUAUCGCACAUCAUCCAACAUCACAGCCCUCGAGGGAUCUAACGUAAGCAGCUCGUCUACCGUCUUUUGCGCAGUCAUCCUCGACGGCGUAGGUAAGCUACCUCCCGUUAUCAGGCAGCACUACCAUAGCAACCCAGUUCUUUCCCUUGGGCCACCUGGUGCUCUGCCAUCUUCGUAUGCGAUGCCAAGGCUCAAGUGCCUAGCUGCUGCCGCCGCCAAUAACGCUAGCUUGCGCGUAGCCGACAUCUCGAAUCCCAUUUCGCUUAGGCACCUCGACCCCUCGAGCUCUCUUCAACGGCGUCUACGGCUCCAUCCUCAUCUGGCCGUCUUGCCGUUGUCCUGCACUUGGGACCUACAUUGGCUGGCAACUGCAUGGAAUCUAAUCUUCUAUAUGCAUCUUGUAGCUGUGGAAUCAAUCAAACCAAAGACACGCUUAAAUGCUCCUCUUUUCUCUGCCUUUCCUUCUCUAAUAAUGCAGCAUGAUCAAUCGGGCAGCGCGGCAAGCUGUUCCCAAUGGCCUACCCAUCCCUCUUGCCCCUGUCCUGGCGCCUUGUCGUGGACAAGAUGA